AUGGCUGGUUUGGAUAAGGACAUUUAUGAGAAAGUAGAAGUGCAACCCAAUCAGACCUUUGAUGAAGCUUGUAAGCUUUCGGUGAAAUUGGACAAUCAAAAGAAGAAGAAGAAACCUUUGAACCCUUUUGACCCAAAAUUCAAACGCCCAUUUAACCCACCAAAAGAAACCCCUUCCUUUCCAAAUUCCACUACCAAAAAGAACCCUGCCUCGUUUGAUCUUUCACAAAAAGAAAAAGGAAAAGCCAAAACCGGAGACUUAAGUGACAUUGUUUGUUUCAAAUGUCAUGGAAGAGGGCACUACAAGAGAGAUUGUCCUAAUGCAAGAGCUUUAACCAUACGAGAGCUUAAGAAUAUGAUGGCACAACCUUUUGUCCUUGAAGAAGAGAAGGAGAACAAAAAUGGUAGUGAAAAUGUACCUUUAGAGUCUUAUGAUUCUAAUGAGGAGGAGGAGCAAGUUGAUGAAUGUUUUCCCGAAAAAAAUAGUCUAGUAAUGAGGAGAGCCCUCCAAAUGCACGUGGAGGUUGAGAAAACCCCAAUUCAAAGAGAAAAUGUCUUCUUAACCAAAUGCAAGGUUAAUGAAGAUGUGUGUGACUUGAUUGUUGAUAGUGGCAGUGAAGCUAAUGUUGUGUCAAGUGAUCUUGUUAAGAAACUUGACUUGAAGACUACUAGACAUCCUACUCCUUACAAGUUGAGUUGGCUUGAUAAGAGCAAGAGUACGGGAGUUAGAAAACAAUGUCUAGUAAAAUUUCAGAUUGGUUCGUAUGUGGAUGAAAUUUUAUGUGAUGUCAUUCCCAUGGAUGCUUGUCACAUUUUGUUAGGGAGGCCAUGGCAAAGUGACAAAAAAUCAGUACAUGAUGGCCUAUCAAACACCUACACCAUUACUCACCAAGGCAGCAAGAAAGUGUUGCACCCCUUACCACCACAAAAAAGCCUUUCCCAAACACAAUCCCCACCACCACAAAAAGAGCCCAAAAGAAAGGACAUUUUGUUACUUUCCUUAAAAGGAUUCGAAAACUCUUUGGAGAAGGAAGAUGAAGUGUUCUUAUUGAUUUUUAAAGAGGAACACGAAGGUUUUGUCCAACAAAACCCUAGGCUAGCCGCAUUGAUCAAGGAGUAUGAAGAUGUUUUUUCUAAUGAAUUACCACAAGGGUUGCCUCCUAUUCGUGAUGAGUUGAGUGGAGCUCAAGUGUUUUCCAAGAUAGAUUUGAGGAGUGGAUAUCACCAAAUUAGAAUGAGGGAAGGUGAUGAAUGGAAAACAACCUUUAAAACUAAGCAUGGUUUGUAUGAGUGGCUUGUUAUGCCAUUUGGAUUAACAAAUGCUCCAAGUACCUUCAUGAGACUUAUGAACGAAAUGUUGAGGCCAUUUUUGGGAAAGUUUGUAGUUGUUUACUUAGAUGACAUUCUCAUCUACAGUAAAAAUGAGGAGGAGCACUUGAAACACUUGGAAGAGAUUUUCAAAACCUUGAGAGAGCAACAAUUGUAUAAGAAGUUAGAGAAGUGCCAUUUUUUGCUAACAGAUAUUGUUUUCCUUGGUUAUAUUAUUUCAGGUGAAGGAAUUAAAGUUGAUCCAAGCAAAGUGGAAGCCAUUUCUUCAUGGCCAAUUCCAAAAACAGUCACGGAGGUUCGUUCAUUUCAUGGACUUACUUCAUUCUAUAGGAGGUUUAUUGAACAUUUUAGCACCCUUAUGGCUCCCAUCACCGAAUGUACAAAGAAGGGAAGUUUUCAAUGGACUCCACAGGCUCAAAAGGCGUUUGAGUUGGUGAAAAAGAAGAUGUGUGAAGCGCCGGUUCUAGCCCUUCCAGAUUUCAUGAAACCGUUUGAAGUUGAGUGUGAUGCAAGUGGAAAAGGAAUAGGGGCUGUCCUAAUCCAAGAGAAGAAGCCAAUUGCGUAUUUUAGUGAGAAAUUGAGCCAAGGCAAAUUGAAUUACUCCACGUAUGACAAAGAAUUCUAUGCCAUGGUUCGAGCUUUGGAUCAUUGGUCACAUUAUUUGAGGCCACAGCCUUUCAUCUUACAUUCGGAUCAUGAAUCUUUAAGGUUCAUUCAUGGGCAAAAGAAGUUGAAUGCAAGGCAUGCUAAGUGGGUGGAAUUCCUACAAUCUUUCAACUUUGCAACCAAGUACAAGAAAGGCAAAACCAAUAUUGUGGCGGAUGCAUUAUCAAGAAGGCAUAAUCUUCUUGGAAUCAUGGAAACUAAAAUUCUUGGUUUCGAGGUCAUGAAGGAAUCAUACAAAGAUGAUCUUGAACUCAAGGAAAUCAUGGAGUCUUGCAAGAAUGGAGUCCACGGUUCAUUUGUCAUAAUAGAUGGUUUCCUUUUCAAAGGGAACAAACUUUGUGUUCCUAAAGGUGCAAUUCGAGAGUUGUUGAUCAAGGAAGCUCAUGGAGGAGGACUUGCUGGUCAUAUGGCUCGUGGAAAAGAUUCUAUCAUGGUGGUCGUUGAUCGGUUUUCAAAGAUGGCUCAUUUCAUAGCUUGUAAGAAGGUGGAUGAUGCGUUCAAUGUGGCGCAACUUUUUUUUAAAGAAGUGGCUAGAUUACAUGGUUUUCCUAGAACCAUAGUUUCGGAUCGUGACACUAAGUUUAACUCCAAGCAAACUACAAAGUAUUCACCUUUUGAAGUUGUGUAUGGUGUGAAUCCUUAUGUGCCGAUUGAUUACAUUUCGCUUCCUAAAGAUAAGUUCGUGCAUGGGACAGCCAAGGAGCAUAUAGAAUUCAUGAUUGAUGUCCAUAAAGAAGUUAGGAAGAACAUAGAAAAGGCAAAUGAGUCAUACAAGAAGCAAGCUAACAAAAACUUGAGAAAUAUGAAGAAGUUCGAAGUGGGUGAUCUUGUGUGGAUAUUCUUGCGCAAAGAAAGGUUUCCUAAACAAAGGAAACACAAAUUGAUUCCUAGGGCUGAAGGACCUUUUCAAAUCAUGGAAAAGAUCAAUGAUAAUGCUUACAAAGUGGACCUUGGAGGGCAAUUCGGAGUUUCAUCAACUUUCAACGUGGGUGACUUGGCUCCUUAUCUAGAAGAUGAUGAGUUGAGGGCAACUCCUUUCGAAGAAGGGGAGGAUGAUGCAAAUCAGGAAGAGUCCAUUAGUCCAAUCAAACAUGAUCAUCCUACAAGUCCAAUUCACAAAGAAAUCAUUCUUGCUAAGUCAUUUGAAGAUCAAGUGUUAGAUACUUUUUGUGCGCAUGGACCGUUUCUUGCUAACCAAGGGUUUACUUGUUUACAUUCUGGUUAUGAAUGUUAA